UUUGGUUUUUAUUCAUACUUUCAAUUAUUUCAAUUUGUACGAAUCCAAACAUAUUUUUUCAAAAAAAUUUAUAACAUUCAUCAAAAUAAUUUUUUUUGCUUCAAAUAUGUUUAAAAAAAAUGUAGUAGUAUUACUAUUUGUUAUUUUUUUAUCAACUGAACUGACAGGAGUAUUAAGCAAAAUAGACAAAGCAACAAAAUUUGGAAAAAAAAUCAUAAAUGGAGCAAAAAGCUUAUUAGGUGUUAGUAAUUCAGGUUGCUGUCCAUCAGGCGAGGAAAUAAUAACUGGCUCUCCUACAAAACUUCUAGAGAAGUUAUCGGAAGAAUUUGCAAAACUUGGAGAAUGUAAACAUUGCCAUCGCACACCUAAAAUAGAGUCUGUUGAAUAUCUUACUACAUCAAGUAAAAAUGAUAUAAAUGAUGACAUAAAUUAUGAUAUAAAUUACGUUAAAAAUUAUGAUAUAAAUUAUGGUGUAAAUGAUGAUUCAUAUUAUGAUAUAAAUUAUAGUAUAAAUGAUGAUAAAAGUUAUUAUUUAUCUCGCGAUAAAUUGUUUGAAUAUUGUAAUAAUGUAUUCGAACAUAAUUCUCUUAAAGUGACUAACGAAGAUUGUGAACAUUUAUACGCAAUGUUUGCAGAGAAUCCAAAAUUAGGACUGACCGAAGAAGAAUGUGGCAAUAUGGUUGAAUACUUGUGUGAAUAUUAUUAUUCUUAAAAACGAUUUUAUUUGUAAACAAACAUUUUAUUUUGGUAUUAAUGUUUUGUUCAUUAUAAAAGAAAUCGUAAUAAAUAUAAUUUUAAUAUAA